UGUUCCUCUAACAAACACAGCUAGAGAGAGUCACCAACGCGCACUGACAUGUUAACAUGCCUUUCGCCCGGACAGCGCUCUGACAGUAAAUUAGUUUAGCGUGAAACCGUGGUUAGUUUCUAGAGUGAUCAGUGAGCUGUUCCUCGGCGUCACUUAUUCGGGUUCACGAUGUCGGCCACGUUUUCAGAGCAGCAGCAGAAGGAUUUGGCCAAGAGGAUCGCAUCUUUCCUAUCCAGAUACAAGCACAUAUCCGACUCCUACAUCAUUGAGUUUUUCAGUGAGAACCUCUGGGAGACAUUGCCAGAAGGAUGGCAGAGAGCUCUGAGUGAUCUGACAGCACCUCAGGUUGCAGAUCUGCUACUGGACAAGGACAUCCGCAACAGAACUUAUUCCUCUGUCUGGCCUCUAUCUUUACUUGCACUUCGAGCCACGGCUCACACACUAGCCUUUCCACGCACACCUCCAGGCCACCAAGUGCAGGACACAGUGGGUCUCCUGAAACCAGAGGAGUUUAUUUCCAACAGAAGCCAGAGCUCUUUGCUUGGUCACAUCUUCCGAAAACAUGUGAAGCCCAAGAAACAGCAUGAGAUUCGCAAGCUUGGAACAUUGGUUAAGCAGCUGUGUGACCAAACUCUGUGUACCAAUGUAGUUGAUGUUGGAUCUGGGCAGGGCCAUUUGACCCGUUUCCUAUCCUUUGGACUCGGUCUAGAUGUUACUGGUAUUGAAGCUGAUCCCAACUUAGUUUCUAUGGCUUCCAGAUUUGAUGGACAGCUCUUGUUGACACUGGCCAAAGAGAAUCAUAAGACUGGCAUGUCUCAGCUCUCAACAGCUGGUCCUGCACCUCAGCAUGUGCUUGGCUGGGUCAACCCUAGAGCCACCUGGGAGGUCUUCCUCCAGCAGCUGAGCAAAGGGGGAGAAGAAAGUGAGAGUUAUCCAGGCACAGUUGGACUGUGUAAAAAGAGACAACGAGUAUCAGUGUCAGACCAGGGACCUGAGGUUGAAAGGGAGCUUGUUCAUGGAAGCCAACACUUGUGCACUGAAGAAUGCAGCUCAGCAGCUGAUACUGAAGAGAGACAGUCUCCAUCUCUUCUUCACCAACACGAUGGAGAUAACUCUCACCAUGUUACCCAGUCACUCGCUGUGAGAGCAGAGCCUCUCUUUCACAGUAAUUCUGUUUUAAACCAACUCUGUAAGGGGGACUCUUUGAAUGAGUCACCUGUACGUGCUAUGCCCAACAUUACCUCUGGAUGGACUUCAGCCAUAUACCCCGAUGUCCAUUCUUGUAAUAAAAGACCCAACAGAUCAGAUUUUGUCCUGACUGGGCUUCACGCUUGUGGAGACCUUAGUGCUACUCUCCUCCGUCAUUUUGUUAACUGCCCCCAUGUUCAAGCAAUCACCUCUGUAGCAUGCUGCUAUAUGAAGAUCACUACCAAGGAGAACCCCACUCCUCCUGGAGUUGUCCCACCUCCUCUCUCUGACAACUCAAAAGAUGCAUCACAGUCCUUUGGUUACCCAAUGAGUGAGUGGGUGAAAGGGUUGGCUCAGCAUGAGCUGUCUUAUAAAGCUCGAGAGGGGGCAUGCCAUGCAGUAGAAGACUAUAUCCAUAGACUAAGAGAGGAAAGUGCGUUGCUGAAAACACAUUGCUAUAGAGCAGCACUGGAGAGCAUCAUAAGAGCAGAGAGGCCUCACCUGCGCAGAGCUGGCAUCCAGACCAUCAAAAAAGCCCAUAUGCUGGCAUUCUCAGAGUAUGCCCGUUUGGGACUGCCCCGUGUAGGUCUGCCUGCUGACCUACCCUUUGACCAUGUCAGUGUGGAAAACAUGCUGGAGCAGCAGGGGAGAGUGGUGGUGUAUUUUAGCCUGGCUCUGCUGUUGGCUCCAGUGGUGGAGACCCUGGUGCUGCUGGACAGAAUGUUGUUUCUGCAGGAGAGAGGUUUUCAGAGCCAACUAGUUCCUCUGUUUGAUUCAGCCCUUUCCCCUCGAAACCUUGUGUUGGUGGCAGUAAAACCAAAAGCAGAUGGAGAAGAGACUCAUUAGUGGAGUAGUUCCAAGUCAUCUACAGUUACUACUCAGAACCUCCAGACUGGGUUUGUUUAAAAGGAGGUUGCACAGAUUACAACAAUCCAAACCUGCUUAUUAGGGAAAUAAUGUCCAUGAAAGCAGUGGUCUGAAUUUAAAAUUGCUUAUCAGACAUUUCUUUUCAGACCAGCCUUUCCCACGACAAGCAUUUUCCAUUGAGUUAUACCAGCAAGCAGAAUUUUCUGGCUUUAUUAUCUGCUUUCCUGGACUAAACCAGGUCCUGGACUAAAUACUACUGGCAUCAGAAUUUUAUUUAAAAGUUUUUUUAGUUUGAGAAAAGGUAUAAUCAAUGUCCAGACAACAGACUCUGACUGUCCCAGUAUUUUAUGUCAGUAGUGACACAGCCUCAUGCGAUACCUGAAUUUGUCCAAAUUGUGUUAUUGCUGUUCUUUUUAGAGUGUUUUUAAAUACAGGAUUAUAAUUCUC